UGUAGGCAAUGUUGGGCCGAGGGAAUGGAGAAUCAUCCAGAAAAAAGGAGGAAGAGGAAGUUCAGAGCAGGCACAGGCUCAUCCCCCUCGGAAGAAAGAUAUACGAGUUCUAUAAUGCACCCAUUGUUAAGUUUUGGUUCUACACACUGGCAUAUAUCGGGUAUCUGAUGCUGUUCAACUACAUUGUGUUAGUGAAGAUGGAUCGCUGGCCUUCUACACAGGAAUGGAUAGUGAUCUCUUAUAUUUUCACACUGGGAAUAGAGAAAAUGAGAGAGAUAUUGAUGUCAGAGCCUGGGAAGCUGUUACAGAAGGUAAAGGUGUGGCUCCAGGAGUACUGGAAUGUCACGGAUCUCAUAGCCAUUCUCCUGUUCUCUGUGGGGAUGGUGCUUCGCCUGCAGGAUCAACCAUUCCGGAGUGACGGGAGAGUCAUAUACUGCGUGAACAUCAUUUACUGGUACAUACGUUUGUUAGACAUCUUCGGAGUGAACAAGUAUUUGGGACCAUAUGUGAUGAUGAUUGGGAAAAUGAUGAUAGACAUGAUGUAUUUUGUCAUCAUUAUGUUGGUGGUUCUGAUGAGCUUCGGUGUUGCAAGACAGGCAAUUCUCUUCCCCAAUGAAGAGCCUUCAUGGAAGCUGGCAAAGAACAUAUUUUACAUGCCUUAUUGGAUGAUCUAUGGGGAAGUGUUUGCAGACCAGAUAGACCCUCCUUGUGGCCAAAAUGAAACCAGAGAGGAUGGCAAAAUAAUUCAGCUGCCUCCCUGCAAGACAGGAGCAUGGAUCGUUCCUGCCAUCAUGGCAUGUUACCUCUUGGUUGCAAACAUCCUUCUGGUGAACCUUCUUAUUGCUGUCUUUAACAACACAUUUUUUGAGGUUAAGUCUAUAUCUAACCAAGUCUGGAAGUUUCAGAGGUAUCAGCUAAUCAUGACAUUUCAUGAAAGGCCGGUUCUUCCACCUCCUUUGAUCAUUUUCAGCCACAUGACUAUGAUAUUCCAACACCUCUGCUGUAGAUGGCGAAAACAUGAAAGUGACCAAGAUGAGAGAGACUAUGGACUAAAACUUUUCAUAACGGAAGAUGAAUUGAAAAAAGUUCAUGAUUUUGAAGAGCAGUGCAUAGAAGAAUAUUUUAGAGAAAAGGAUGAUAGAUUUAAUUCUUCCAAUGAUGAAAGAAUCCGUGUCACUUCUGAAAGGGUAGAGAAUAUGGCCAUGAGGUUGGAGGAAGUAAAUGAGCGAGAACACUGUAUGAAAGCUUCACUUCAGACUGUAGACAUCAGACUUGCUCAGUUGGAGGAUAUGAUAGGACGAAUGGCUACAGCCCUGGAGAAGUUGACUGGUGUGGAAAAAGGGGAGACUACCAAAGUACGAUCUAGAACUUCCUCAGACUGUACAGAUGCUGCUUACAUUGUGAGACAGAGCAGCUUCAAUAGCCAGGAAGGGAACACUUACAAGCUUCCGGAAAGUAUAGACCCUGCAGGAGAGGAGUCAAUGUCUCCAACCUCUCCUACUACUGUUCCCCGCAUGCGAAGCCACUCUUUCUAUGCGGUGAAUCUGAAAGACAAAUGUGGGUUAGACAGAUUGGAAAGUAUGUUUAAAGAAAGGUCUGUGAGCCUGCAUCGAGCUAGUAGCUCGCAGUCUGUAUCAAAAGAAACAAAGAUACCUUUGAUCCCUACAAGCACUUUGUCUAUUGCCCCAGACUCCAGAAGGCCUUCAUCUUGCAUAGACAUUUAUGUUUCUGCCAUGGAUGAACUGCAGUCUGGUAUGGAACCUCUUGACAGUUCAGUAAAUAUUCUUGGUACUGGAGACCCAGCUCUGCAGGCUCAAAUAGCUUCCUCCAUUCUAGCAAACAGUGCGUAUGUUAGCAGUACACCUGGUGACAGAAUUUCUGGCAGAAGUAUUGAUUAUGAGGAAACCUCUACAAUGGAAACAAGAGCAUUUUCUGCAGAUUACUCACACAUCACAGAUAGCCAAAACCCCUGGGACUCUGACCCUCCUUUAUAUCAUACCUUAGAGCGAUCUAAAAGCAGUCGUUACCUGGCUACAACCCCAUUUAUUCUAGAGGAAACCCCAAUUGUGAAAUCACAUAGUUUUAUGUUCUCUCCUUCUCGGAGCUAUUUCAGCAGCCUUGGGGUGCCAGUCAAAACAGCAGAGUAUACAAGUAUUACAGACUGCAUAGACACCAGAUGUGUCAGCGCUCCCCAGGCCAUAGCAGAAAGGUCCAGUUUCCCUGGAACUCAUGGAGGCAAAGUGGACGACUUAGGAUGCUGCCACCCAGAGAGAGAAGCAGAGCUAAGUCAUCCAAGUUCAGAUAAUGAGGAGACUGAGGUCAAAGACAAGAAGGGGAGUGCCUUAUCUCCUCAGGAUAGCAACACUGCAAGAACUCUAACCAACAGCAUACCACUUCCAAAAAUAGAGCGAGCCAACAGCUACUCUGCAGAUGAGUCCAACAUGCUGUAUGCACACACAAGGAAGAGCUACUCCAUCAGCGAUAAACUCGAUAGGCAGCGUAACACAACAGCCUUGAGAAAUCCAUUCCAGAGGAGUAAAUCAUCCAGGCCAGAAAGUAGAGGGGACACCCUGUCUAUGAGAAGACUGUCCAGAACAGGCGCUUUCCGUAGUUUUGAGACUAAGCACAGCUAAACAUUGGCAUGUGCAGCAGGAAGUCUAAGGGUCAUCUGCUCUCCAGUCCAUUUUCUUUAGCAGAUUUAAAUAACCUCACAUCGUGAUUUGUCAACUAAUGUCAGUCCCUGCUGUCAGUCAGCCUAGCACUUUGUUAAUCUCAGUGUCACACACUGGCUUACUGGAUCUUGACUGAGUUGACAUUUGCACUUAAGGAAAAAAGGGAGGGAAGAAAGUUUUAUAAGACUUUUUUAAAAAACCACUUCAUGAAGUCAUCAGUAAUUAGUAAAUCUGUUCAGAAAUCUGCCUUUUACUAAAAGGCAUCCUAGGAUGUCUGAUGAUUAUUUAUGAGUUUCUAGGACACAGGGAGAAAUUGACAAAAAAGAAGGCAUACAAAUUAUGCAUUCUAAAUUGGAGUUCUGAUUUCUUUUACAUGUUUCAUCGUUGUGAUGGCAGAUGAAAAGCACCAGUAUUUUUGUAGGAACCAGCAGCAAGUAAACCUUAGAAUCUCCCCAGUCCCUAUAUCACUACACUUCUAAAACUGAUCAUCGUAAAGAUAAACAGCAAAGUUAAUAAUCAUAGUUCACCCAUCUCUUUUUGUAUUAACUGCUAGUGCCACAAAAUGUUUAUAUUUUCAAGAAAAGAAAGGGAAAAGAAAUGCCUUUUUUAUUGCAACAUAAAUGAAGGAAGAAUUUAUGUAAAAAAAAAAAUUGCUAAGUGAUUUCCUGUAUUAAGCAGGCAUUCUAGCAACUUGAGCAAGCUCAGGAUGAAUGUAAAAAGUGGAAUAGUAUAUAUUUAUUUUUUUAACUACCGUCAUCAAUACAUUGUUUCACUAAAUUAAAAGUUGCUAUGGAACAAUAAGAAUAACGUGCUGCUGAAGUACUGUUCCAUACAUUUCCAUUUUUUUUUAUUUCUGUGAAUAGCUUUUUCCUGAGUUGAUACCAUGUUUUUCUUGCUGUUCCAUCAUCAAGCUGCCAGUUUUUCACAUCUUUCCCCCAUUCAAACACAUCAUGUUUGUUUAUUACUAUCUGGUUCUAUUUGACCAUUUCGAUAUAUGGUCUGAUCUCAGAUUAACGCAAUUUGACUGAAGUUAUUUAAUGGGAAAUGUUCCUGGCAGAGUAUUUCCAAACAUUCAAAAAAGACAGUGGAGGUAAGCUAAAGCAACAAGAUGAAAAUGGAGGUAUUUGCUAACAGCAAAAGCCAUCACUUGCAAGUAUCUUUCCAUUAUACAUAAAGCUACAACAAAAGCAAUGUACAUUUUGAUAGAAAAAAAGCAUUGCUUCAGAAUGCACAUAGGACCCUGCUGGGUGUUGUUACAUGUUACAGUUCCCACAUGCUAAUUCUAAGGACUGUUAGGCAGUAUUAAAGUUAGCACACACUACAAGCAGUUGAACUUAAGCGUUAAUACCCUCUAAUGUGCACAGCUCUGGCUUGCUGCUAGAGGGCUGGUGAGCAGGGGCAUGCCUAGGAAUUGCCAAGUCUGCCUUAUGGCUGCCUGACUCUCCAACUCUCCAAUGGUUUCCUGCUCACUUUCCUCCCCCACCCGCCAUGAAGAUCCCAGAAGAUCCUUGCUCAACCCCCUUCCCCUCUCCCCCAAGACUCCCCACUCAUCCACAACUCUCCAGGGCUUUGUCAGUCCAGGACAGUAGAGUUCUGCAAGACAGAUCAUCCAUAUGGAAGGGGCUGAGAGUGGUGCAUCCUGGGAUACUGGUGAACUUCAAAUUGCUGGUAUUGGCCCCAUGGAGCAAACUGACAUUACUGAAACAUGGGCUGCCUAAUGCCAGCUGGAGAUACUCCUCACCGAAAGAGGCAUAACUUUGAGCUGUUAUGGGGACACUUAGCUCUUCUUUUCCUGCCUUAACUUGUGGACGCUUCCAUCUUAAAAGCAUUUAACAUGUGGUAAAGGUAAUGUCUAACAACACCUUCAGUGGUAACUCCACCUAUGAAUUCAGUUGCAAAAUGUGGUCCAUAGUAUCAAUAAGGAGUCAUAGUACCAAUAAGGAUAGUAUCAGUCAGUCCAUAGUAACAAUAAGGAUCAUCCUUUGUGAACAGAGAUAAUGAAGGAAAGACAUUUCUUGCCAUAUGACAGUCCAUGAAAAUAAUGAUUUUGUCAUAGUUUUACAUUGCUCGUGAGCAGGAAAGGUUAAACUUGAAAACAAUUUAAAUUAAUACCAUGAACAUUAGUUUGAAAUAAAACAGUCUCAAAAAGUAAUCACCAUGCAUAUGGAUUCAGGCCCCUUUUCUAAUGAUAUUAAUAUCAAUAUAAGUAGGAUUUUCGAGGCGCCCUCUGGAUUUUUUGGUGGGACAACCCUUUCCCAUUCAUUUUAGUGGGAAUUGGCCUUCCCAGUCUCUGAAGCAGCUUUGGAAUUUUUGUCCUAAAUUUGAUACUUGGAGUCUCACUCCGGAGGACUCUGAGCUCUGUAUGGUAAGCAAACAACUCCCAAGAGCAACAGAGCCCUGCCUAAAAAAUAAAAUGGCUAGCUAAAGAGUAGGGGCAAAAACAGUGAAAACGCUGCUCGCUUUGUGAAAAGUCGGUGAAAUAAAAAAAAUGCAGCAUGGUAACUUAAAAUACAAAGUAUUGUGUUAUUGCAUCAAUGGUUUCCUUUCCACAGCUUGUUCCAUUAGGCCUUCAGUGAGCUAGGCUCAGCUCCAUCCAGAUACCAUGUUUACUUGAUUGCCUUGCAGUCUAUGCACAGCUUUAAUGUUUCAUGAUGUGACCAAGAAAGGGUAAAGUUUCUGACCCAUCUCCAAGUGAAUUAUGAAGCACGCUUGUGAUGGGCUGAUUAAAAAAUAGCACAAAGCCCAGGGACAAAGCAACUUUUGUUUAAAUAUCUGCUUCAAAUGUGCCAACUUUUGUUAACAGUCUUUUCCUAAGGUUUCUCUACAUUAUUUUUUGCUUGUUUUGUUAUUAUUAUUAUUAUUAUUAUUUAAAAAUGUUUUCUGAAACUAUUCAUAGACUUUUCCACCUUCAUCAGUAUCCUUGGCAUGUACUAGAGAAACUCAAUGCUGAAUUAGUUCAAGGAGCAGAGAUCUCCUCUGGCUGAUUCACUAUUAGAUUGUCAGGGUGGAGGGGUUUCCCAAACCCAAAAGCUGUAUAAUUAAUUAGAAUACAGCACUUUAUUAACCUGGAGUAUAAAUUCCAGGCAUAGUGAAGCAGGAAGCUUUAUUUACCUCUUUUAAAAUUUUCCAUUAUAUAUAAAAUGUAAAUUAAGAUAUAAAAAGGUGUGAUCACAAAAUGUCAGAACACAACUUUUCCUGAAUGUCUCCCAUUUACUUUAAAAAUGUGGUAUCUAUAGAACAUAUUAUGAUGGAUGUUAGAAUAUUUUGUUUAUCUUCACUAGUUAUUUACUUACACACUGCAUGAAAUCCUGCCUCUUUUAAGGCAAUGAUAAAAUUCCCAUUGACGUCAGUGGGACCAGAAUUUCACUCCCUGCCUCAGUAGUGAAUGAUAGUUUGUUAUAAAUUCCUUAGUGGAGAUAAAAAUCUUACCAUCCAUCAUUUUAUAACUAUAGCAUGUGCCAUAUGAUAUAUUAUGUAUUGAAUGAUAUCUUAUAACAUCUAUAUAUAUAUAUCCCAUGUAUAAUCCAGUAUGGUUGUGACAUGUGAUCAUGUUAGUGAACAUUACAGGAGAGCUUUAACAUCACAUUAUGAAGUCAUGUGUUUAUAAAUCCGUAACAUUCAAUAAAAUAGCACAUGUUGCAUUGAACAUUAAAUUCCACUUUUCAAGGUGUUAGCAUACAUAUGGAAUAUGCAUUUUUGGUCACAAUCUGCAACUGCUGUAUGUUUCACACAUUCUUCUGUAUAGCUCCACUGUAAAUGUCUGUAUGAGCUGAUGUAUAAUUCUUUAAUGAGCCACUAUGAGCUGUGAUAGGUGAGUUGUGAUGGCGUGAAAGAUGAACUGGCAUGUUAUGCAAAAGAUUAUAAGAUACAUUAACUUUAAAUAAUAUUUUGAAACUAAAUUGAAUUUGUUGUUUGUUUACAUAUGCUGGCCAACUAAGGAAGCAGUGUACAGUAUUUUAUAAAUAUUUUCCUAUAGUAAUCCAUUCUGUUGUUUCUAGUUUAAGUGAUGCUAUUCUAAAGUUGGGUAUACACUUGUCCUAGUUAUUGGAUUUUAGCACAUUAUUCUUUCACAAUACCAAUGUGAUAUGACUGAAGUAGUUUCUCUUUCUUAAAGUCCAGUCUUUUUUUGUGGCAAUGAAAAUGCAUGCAUUGUUCCAUGAAUUUCUUUGGACUACUAUGAGGCUUAACAUUUUACUAUUGCCUGCCUGUAAUGAUGAAUCCAGUUAGGAAUUAAUUCAAGUUUUUAAACUUUUACAUUAUUUUCCAUUAUGUCCAGUCUUUAAGCAAAGAAAAUUAAUUUCUAUUUUUUUUUUAAUAGAGAUAAUGAUUUCAUGAAAAAAUGAAGUACUAAACUCCAAGGUGUAAACCUUUAGCAGUCCUGAGACAUUUAGCUCUCUGUUUUGGAACAGGAAAGGUGCUUCAUUCCUGCAUUUAGCACAUUUGUGUAAUAAGUAAUGACAAGAAGAUCUAAAUUGUUAAAACAGAAAAAACAGUAAGAAAAUGCCCAUUAAUUCAUGUGGCAAAACUGCUCUCCACUCCAGUUAUAUAUUAUUAUUUAAAUAAUUUUAGUGAAAAUGGAUCUUUGUCUCUGGAAGGGUGUUUUUGUCUUAAAAUAUGUAUUUUUUGUAAAAGAAGAAAAUGAUUUGUUUCUCAGAAGUUGUUCAGCGCAUGGAAAAUGCAAAAGUAGAACAUUUAACUUUGCAAACAACUGCUUAUACAAUAUAAUGAGUGCUGUUCACAGUACAGGGCCUUAUUCUAAUCCCUGCAGUUGGAAUGACAAGGGCAUCUCUCUCUUGAAAGCAAAUGUUAGUGACUUUAUACUGUAGAGUAAGUGUUGGAAAAAAAAGUCUCUCUUCAAACAGUUAGUGCAAGCAUUAAAAAUAAGAAGAGUUUUGAUGCAUUUGCUCAGGUUAUGCUUUAAAUGGACUCAAUAAGUAGAGAAUACAGGCAAUGUGAUGUGGUCAUUUUGGAUUUCAGUAGGGCUGGUUGUGAUGAAGUGGUUGUGAGGUUGAUUCAUUUCUCCCCCUACUUAAACAAAAAGUGAGAAAGAGAAAGGAUAACAAUAACAUUGCACUUUUGCACAAAUAAUCCUGUCUGACACAGCAGAAGAAUAUGAAUCACAUUAAUGUAAAUUUGUUGAAGGACAGAAAAAAUUAGUUCCUGUUUUUCUAAGAAGGAAACAAUGUUUUUCCUAUCAUGCUUUCUCCUUCAUACAUCUCUUGUAACUGAAAUCACAAUCCAAAUGAAGAGGGAAGUCAGAAGUUAAGGAGCUGUGUUGGGAUGUCUGUUUACCUGAUGUCUCCCUUCAUUGCUCCCCCUGGGAAUGUACUGUUCUCUCCUCUCUGGUGCAUCAACAAAUACAUCCCCAUGCUGGCCCUGGAUUUUGAAAGAGCAUUUGCCAUUUGGUAACUGUAAUGCUGUGUUAUAGGCAAAGACAGAGGCAUGCUGCAGACCCAUGUAAUCUUAACCAUGCCUCCCCUUUCUAGGAUUGACUGUUGGUUAAAUUAUGAUUUUAGUUGUGGUGGUGGGAAUCUGAAGAAAUUCCACUGACUUCAGUAAAGUUAAUCUGAAUUUACACCAGAAUAACAAAGUAAAAAUUGGCCCUGUAUUAACUCUACUGCAUUGCACAUGUUAUCCUAAACCAGUGUUUCCAGCAUCAAGUAGACAGUCCACUGAAGUUGCCACUGGGCUAGGAUAAAAUUAGUUCAGAUUGGCUAGGGAACCUGAUUAUUUCUUGCUCUUUCAUUUUGGCAUGUUGAGAUUCCUUUCUCAGACUCGCAUUGGAUCCACAUUAAGUUCUCAUUUCAAAAGGCUAUUGGGGAAAAUGCCUGAUUAUGAUAUUGCUGCUGUUGUUGCUGCUGCUGCUGCAGAAGAGUAACUUUUGUUUAUUUUUAGUAUUUUAGAGUUGUCGGGGAGGAAUGGCUAUGAAAUAUGAUGUGUGCACAGGAAUAAACAGUAUUAGAGUCAUGUCCUCCUUCCACCAUUGCAGUUGUCUUACAUAGGGAGAGUCUAUAUGCUGCUACUGCUGUCUGGAACAGUGUUUAAAAUAUACUAUACUAAUAGCUAUUUAAUGAUAUAUUAUUUGGGUUCUCAUUAAUAAAUGUUAUACCAAUAGUUUAUAAAGGGAGGGAAAUAUAAAACAAUAAAUGUCAUUUUAAAUGAAUUCCUAUAAAUAUGAAGGUUUUGAUGUUUGAUUUGUUUAAAUAUACAUUACUAGGAAAAGGGUCCUUUUUAAAGGUCUACUGGAUUCACAAUGCACUUUUAGACAGUGUUUAGAUAUGUAAUAAAAAGCAGAAGUUGGCAGAUACUGCAGUAGAACUUUCUGAAAUUUCUGUAACAAAUGUUUUGCAAUAAAAAAGGGUGUAG